GAUUUUUCUUAUGGCUCGUGAACAUCGCGUUGUUCCGCACGGCAGCCAUGGCAACAUAUGGUAGCAGCAGGCGACAGUUUACGUCAGACGAGACAAAUUUAACAACUUUUAGUCAACUUUCAGGUGUUUGUUUGAGACUUUAAGGUAGGUUUAACCUUAACGUCAUAUAGGCUUUACUCUAAGUGAGGUUUUGAGGUCCGAGAGGAAAUGUCAGACAGUCAGGGUCAGAGUUUAACGCCCUGAAGAAGAAUGAACGUCAACAUUAAUUAGCUCAGUUGACGGUUUAGCUAACAGGCUAACUAAGCUGCUGUGUGAUGCUGUUAAUUUAUACAUGUAAAUGUUAAAAAUGUGAGUUAUGAACACAGUCUAAGUGAAUAAUUCAGUCACAAGUGGUUGUUUGGACGUUGACGACGUUGACGGGUUGUCCGGUCGGGUCAUACUCAUGUCCGGGGAACAAACACCUUCACCUCCCGGGGGGACCGGCGGCCUCCUCCGGGGGAACCGAACCAGAUCAUACGGCAGUCUGGUUCGGUCUCCGCUGUCUCCGGUCCGAGAGAGACGGAUUGAUCAUAAAAUCCAGCCGGGAGAAACUCUGCAAGGGUUGGCCCUGAAGUACGGAGUGUCUGUGAGUAUUUCUCAACACUUUAAAGUCAGUUUUUAAUCCGUUAAUGAACUUUAAUCUGUUUUCAUAAGCCGAUCAUAGAAACAGGCUUGAAUAAUUUUGUAAUUCCAUAUCCCUCUAAUUCAUAUGAAUUCUUGCUACACCAGAUCAACUCACCCAAAUUAAGCAUUAUAGUCAGACAAUCAUAUUUUACUCAAUUUAAGUAAAAGUUUGGACACUGUGUUUAAAAAGUCAACAAAACAAAGUUUGAUUUAAAGUCAGUUUAAACCUUUUUAUAUACAGGUAAUCUCACUGAGACAUAAGGUCACAUUUACUACAUCUGUCUUAGAUAAAGAGAAAUAUAAGACGGAAUGUCACAUAAACUACCCUGUUGUAUUGUGUUCCAGCAGAGCUGGCCCAAGCCUCAGUGGGGCCCUAAGAAAAGUUGGUUUUGGGGCCCUCUAUUUCUGCCAAUAAUAUUGAUUGUUGAUCAUUCACACGCCUACUACAGUAUAAAUUUAAUGCGCCUGACAUGUCUUUACACAUUUAAGGGGGUGGCCUGGGUAAUAACAUAAAUAAAACCAAUUCAACCGUACAAAAAAUACAGAUGAAUGACUGAUAAAUGAUGUUCAGGGGGCCACAUGUAAGGCACAUAAUGGUAGCAGAGCUUUGACAUAUCAGCAGUAAGAAUCAUAGGCCUACAUCAGCAGCAGCACUAAAAUGAUUUUACUUUAUUUUAUUUUUACAAUAAUAUAUAUUUGAUCGUACAGAAAGCAUCACUCAUACAUGCAAAUAAUAAAAAGAUAAGCAAACUAAGCAGGUGCUUAGUUCACACCUAUAACUCUAUUUGUAGGUGGCAGCCCCAAUAGAAACUGACCCGUAUCUCUACAGAUCUUGUUUUUGAAUAUUGCGCUCACUUCCUUAGAUACACAUGACCAGAACUUUGAUAUUCUUGGACAGCUCCAGGAGCAGCGUAUAUAUGUCCCAUUUGUUAACUUACACUUAAGGCACAAUAGUGAUCUAUUAGGGUCAAUUUUGUUCAUAACGUGAGGUGUCCUUUGCUGUCUAUAUUCUAUAUUGUAUUUCUUUGAAUUUAUUGCUGAGAAACAGAGAGUGAGUGGUCUGAAUACAUCCCUCUCAAGUGUCUUCAUUGUAUACACUUUGAAGGUCCUCCUCUCAUCGCUAAUGGUAGUUUUUAAAAUGCUGUUCAUGCCCUCCAAUGUUUAAUGGUGUAAAGUAUUUUGAAUAUUUGGUGCAAAAUAAACUUGCCUUGCCUUUAAAGCUGUGUGCCUAAAGACUAACAUGGUUGUAAUCUUCUUUCACAGAUGGAGCAAAUCAAAAGAGCAAACAGACUGUACACCAAUGACUCUAUCUUCCUGAAGAAGUCCUUGUCCAUCCCUGUGAUGUCGGACCUGGAUCACUGUAAUAACGGGGUGGACUUGGUUAUUGAAGAAGACAAUGCUGGCUGCGCUUCUGCUCAAAACGGACACUCGGGGAGCUCCUCUGAGGAACGGCAAAGUGACGGCAGAGCAACAGGGUCGGAUCUGACUCCAGUGGAUUUUUUGAAAAGGUUGGACAGCCUGAUAAAUCAAUCCAAGCAGGCAGCUGUGAAAGGAUGCCAGGACGCAGAGAAAAGGUACAUCUUUAUGUCUCCAGUGUAGGCCAGUUAUGCCGACAGAGUCAUGCUCCAUGUUUGCGGCGUGAAAGAGUCUUUUAGUUUCGCUUUAGAUGUAGGUCUGUGCAGCUCAAGUGACGCAUCUAGGUCUAUUUUUUCACAUGUCACUCACCACAAAAACGCCAGAAUGACACUGAGGCAGCAGUCUUUCACCUAUCUCUACGAUUAUCCUCUCCAACUUCAGAAUUCGUCACAGAAAAAAAAUAGUUCAAGCAUUUUUUCCAUUCGACACUGAGAGGUUUCUGUUUCCAUUGAGUUUAAGUUAAAUGUAUUAAAACAGUUGAGUGUGACUAUCACCAGAGCAAUCUCAAUGUGAAGAAAAAAGGUGAAAAUUACAGGUAUGCACGCCGCAGCAGUUUAUGAGGUCGCCGUCACACUCAGACUGGAGUGUCUGAGGCAGUACAGCUGCCAAUAAUAUUCUGCCUAUUCCUACACCAUUCACAGCUACUCGUGGUUAAUUUUCUUUCUUCAGAAAAACAUUAUUGGUGAAAACAUUGUUGGUAAAAUUUCAUACCACCUACACUGAAAUUUUACCCUGUCCUCUGUGCUCAUGUUGAAUGCUCCCCAUCGGUGUAUUAUUGUUCCAAAUGUCAAUAUAAGAUUGAACAUUCACCGUUAGAGCUUUAAUCAUCAGAGACUUUUCUUUUUAUAAUACUGCUCAUCUAGAAGUUAACAGUACUAUGGUAAGACUCAGGCAGUCAGAGACAGUCUAUCCAAACAUCUCAGAUGAAUGCAGGCAGAUAACCUCAUGUCAUAUGAGUCCUCAGACUGUAUCUUCACAAUCUGUUUAUUCUUCCCAGGGUUUCUGCUUUAGAAGCAGCCUGCAACAGCAGGACAUCAGGCGGGCAACAACUCUCAAGAUCGCAGAGUGCCUCUUCAGCGUUGAGACUGCAGCAGCAGACAGCACAUGGAACACUGCCCGCAACCGUCACCAGACUCACUAAGAGACUGAGAGACAGAGAGGAUGAGAUCUUCCAGCUGUGAUAUUGCUUUCUGGUUUCUCAGUCUUCUAAUGAUAGGAAAUCCUCUCUGCAGGCCUGGGCAUGAAUAAUAGAGCGUCACGGACAAAGAAGUGGAACUGUGGUGGUUCUGCUGCUGCUGCACGGACCUUAAAGUAUUUUCACACUGCCAUUCGAUGUAGGCCUCAGACUCUAAACUGUCUUUAAGAGGUUUAUUUAAUGAAUUUUGCACUUGUGUAGCCUGUUUAUUUAUUUUGUGAAACGCACUGUCGCAGUCGAGUUCAGCAUCUCCUGACAUGCAGGAAAUAAGAAAUGCUAAAAAUGUGCAGUCACAUGAUGGUUUAGUCAUAUGACUCAUUAUACGGUCAACUUAACAAGUGGGCUGUGUCUGAAGUUUCUGCACAGCCUCUUAUAAUUUAAAGUUGGUCACAGGUUCUACCUUUAGCCGUGAUACAUGAUAGUAAAUAAACUAUAUUUUUAUUUUAUUAGGACUAGAAGACUGAAGUCGGUCAGUGCUGAUGAGUUUCAACUGUUACAUAGCUGAUGAUCUGAUAAAGAAACAUACUUUUUGAGUCUUCCUAUUUUUACAGAAAUAUUUUUAUUUUUAGAUUUAAUAUUUCUUAAAAAAGAAGUUUUAGUUUAUUUAGAAAUCUUUGGAUGCCAUGAUCAGGAGGCAGUGUUUCAGGUCUGGCUGUUUUGUUUCCUCACACUUGUCUGGAGAGAAAAUGUUGACUCCCACUCACUCUUUAUGUUUCACACUGCCACUUUAAUUUAUAGCUCUUCAUGUUGUGGAUUUUUUUGUCAAAUUUAAGAUCACCCUUGUGAUUUCAAGACAGCAGCAGGGACACUGAAAAAUGUGAAUAAAAGUUAAAUUUUAUCUCUGUAUUUAAUUAGAAUAAUGCAAAACAAAUAAAGAUGUUUUGAAAUUUCUGCUCA